AUGAAGGACUCACUGUAUGAUCGCAUCUGGCGCCGGGAGUCGGGAUACACUUCACCGUCGGCGACUAUUCGUGGUAUAUAUGGCUCCAAGGAAUGGAUCGACGAUUUGGAUAUUGUAAAUGAGCUGGGAGGUCACACAGGCUGCGUCAACGCGUUAUGUUGGUCGCGGUCUGGUCGGCUGUUGGCCUCGGGUUCUGACGAUCUGCAUCUCAACAUCUAUUCCUACCAGCCGGAAUCCUCGUCCGCGCCCUUUACGCUCAACACCACCCUUUACACGGGCCACAAGGCGAACAUCUUCUCGACCAAGUUCAUGCCCCAUUCGAACGAUCGCACGCUGGUGACGUGCGCCGGUGAUUCUCAAGUGCGCGUCUUUGACAUCGAGUAUUCCGCAGGUAACAGCGACGUCGCCGCAACGUCUGCCUUUUCUGCGUCGGCCCGGAGCCGUCGCUUCAACAAUUUCUUUAGCAAUGCGCGCUAUCUGAACGAAACAAACACAAAUUGCAGAGUCUAUCGGAGUCACGCGGAUCGGGUCAAGAGGAUUGUCACCGAGUCUUCUCCGUACCUCUUUCUCACGUGUUCGGAGGAUGGCGAGGUUCGUCAGUGGGAUUUGCGCCAGCCGUCUUCCGCCUAUCCGCAGCCGCGCGGGGGACAGGGCUUCAUGGCGUACCGGCCGGGUCUGGAUCAUGACGAUUCGAAUGUGCCUCCUCCGCUGAUUUCGUAUAAACAGUACCAUCUGGAUCUCAACACCAUCUCGUGCUCCUCGAGUCAACCGCAUUACAUCGCGCUGGGCGGCGCCCAUUUGCAUUGCUUCUUGCACGACAGGCGAAUGCUCGGGCGGGAUCUGUUUGCGGAAAAGGGCCAUCCUGGGGGCCUUUCCGACAGCGGUAGCCAUCACGAUGAGGAACUCAUGGGACAGGCGACGAGAUGCGUUCGGAGGUUUGCCCCCGGCGGUAAGAGACGAAUGAGCCCACGAGAUAAUGGGCAUAUUACCGCCUGUAAGAUCAGCGACGCCAAUCCGAACGAGAUGGUUGUCAGCUGGUCCGGAGACCAUGUAUACAGUUUUGAUCUGGUUCGGAGUCCGGACGCGUACGACCCGGCGUCGGCGGUUCAGAAGUCCGUGCAAGGAAGUCCUAGUUCACGUAGACGCCGAAGCUCAAAGAACAGAAAACGUAAACGGCAAAAGGGAGCUUCGCUGUCGUCGCAGUCUAGCGGCAACCGCCAUCAAUCGCGUCGGCGAUCGGCGGAACACGAUGACAGCGGUGAGCUAGCCUUCAGAGUCCGCUAUGGCAAUGGAGAGAUGGAGGAUAUCCCGUUCCCCUCGCUAUCCGAAACGGUAUCGAGCGCUCCGCCAAAUGUGUUGGAGCAGGCGCAGUAUUCGGUUCUGAACGAGGCACAGCGGCUGAGCAUGCGUAUCGCCAAAGGACUUGUCAAGCUGCGCAAGGCCCUCUUCUCCUUGGAAGCAUCGGUGCGCGAAGCCACCGAGGCAUCAAGCCCAUCCGACCUGACGCCGUACACUGCCUCUUUUUCUACUGUGUUGACACACGCGGCGGAGCAUCUGCCCCGAAUGGGAGAAGUCAUGCGGACCUGGAGAUAUCCUCUCGACCCGAGUCCAGACGUUGUGAGCUUCCAGCAAUCUCUUCGCCGUAAUCGGGAAUCUUCCUGGAGAUUCGUCCAAGCUGCGGGAACACUUGCACGGUUUCUGGGAGGUGAGAUCCAAAGUUUUUCCGAAAAUGAAGAUUCGACGAUGAACCUAUUCCAGCAGAUAGUACCUGCACCCGGUGAGAAUAACGUGAUUGUCACGAAAGAGCAAUUUGGCUAUGAUUUCGUCAAAGCUGUCUUGCUGUUCUUCGAAGGAGGAAGGGCCGCUGUAUUGGCUGGGUUCAAGAGCAAUCCCUUUCACAGGCGUAAUCUGGCGCGGUAUCCGAUUCCUGAAAUAGCUGACGACAGUGCUAUCGAAUCGGUCCUGGUUCCUUACCUUCAAAGCUUGGCAGGGGACUAUCCGGUGGUGAAUGUCGAUGCCUCGAGAUUCGAACAUGACAGCACUCGCACACUGUUUCCGACACAACAUGCUGCAGUUGCCGCCUUUGCAAAUGCCUUGAAACUGCCGUUGGAGGAUUUGGGACAUGUUGCAGCCAGGGUUAAUGGUGAUGGUGGGACUGCACAUCACGUUCGAUCCCUUGACCGGGCUUCAGCAACCAGGUUCUGGGUUCUCAGGGUAGGUCGAGGCAUCUUGAUGGAGACAGGUACUGGAGUCAACUACGCCUUUGUGAACCGGGCCUUUGGCGGGCUGCGCACAGAAAUCGAAGAUAACUCGGACAGUGAGCUUCCGCAAGAGAGAUUGCAAGAGGAUAUUGACGCUAGCGUUGAGGAGGAGCCGAUUCAAGACGUGCACCUAGUGACUUCUGGUGGCCCUACGAGCGGAGACUCUACUCAUGGGCACCCACGAACGCGGUCCACUAACGGCGGCCCGGGAGUUAGAGAUGGGCACUCCACUGAGCACGGCGAUGCGGUGGUCGUGAGCGAGGAUGGCUUCGACGAAUCAACCGAAGAUGAAGAAGAGGACGAGGAUGAAGGAGACUUCGACAUGGAACUUGGCGAUUCUUCUGACGAGGACGAGGAUGAGGACGAAGCCGAGGAGCAUCUGAUCAACAGAUAUGGUUUUCGACGAACGCGAAGAGAGGAUGUCGAACUGGACGUGCCUUGUUCCUCGCAUACUAAAGUCUAUCGGGGGCAUUGUAACAUCAAAACAGUCAAAGACGUCAAUUACUUUGGGCUGAAUGAUGAGUACGUCGUGAGCGGCAGUGACUCUGGCCAUAUAUUCAUCUGGGAUCGGAAAACAGCGAACCUGGUCAACAUACUCGAGGCGGAUAGCGAAGUUGUCAACGUUGUGCAAGGACACCCGUUUGAACCGACCAUCGCCGCUUCUGGAAUCGACAACACUAUCAAGAUCUUCUCACCCGAUCGCCAUGCGCAGGAAAAUGCACGCCGCGGCAUCAACAUCCUGGACCCCGAUAACCCAGCCAGCGCGCUCGGUGCAAACGUUGCCGGUAUUGGCGGCCUCAAAAGUUGCAAACGCAUCCAUGAUAGCUACCGGAUCAUGAGCCAGAACGACGUCGAUCGUCAAGGAGGCAUGAGCGAGGCGUACAUCACUAGGAGUAUGCUGGCUCGGUUAGCUGCUACUUUACGGCAAAGACAGACUGCUGGAGGUGCAUUGGUGGACGGAGCGGGCGAGGGCGCUACCAUUGUCCUGGACGAAAAUUGCACUGUGAUGUGA